ACAAAACCCAUUUCUGUUCAACAUUUUCUUCAUUUUACCCAAACACAACACAACACUUCUUCUUUCUCCAUUCACAUUUCUUCUUCACCUCUCUCUCUCUUCUCUCAUGUGCUGUUAUUAUUAUUAUUGUUGUUGUUGCUAUCAUCAUUCAUUUACUAGUCAAAGUUUACAAGUAAAGUUGCAAUUCAACUCUUUCUCCACCAUCCUUUUCUUUGUUGCAUUAUAGCUAGUACCUUCCCAAUUCAUUAGAGAGAGAGAGAUCCAAUGGACUAUGAGAGGAUACUGAAACCUCAGACUGGAAUGAUUUCUCCCAGUAAACUGAGGAUGAAGUUGUUAGGGCCUAGGAAAAAGGAUGGAUCCAACAGUAACUCUUCAAGAACCUCCCCUUCAAGGCUUGAUGAUCCUGAAUUUGUCAAUAGCUUACUUUCCUCCGACAUUGACAACCUUGAUGAUGAAGUUACUUCUCCAAGCUUAGAAGUUUUGUCAAUAAAGCCAUCGAGUGAUGCAGUACUGGACCGGAGACAGAAUGACCAGUCUUCUUAUGAACCAAAGGAUACAAUGCCCAGGGAAAACGGUGACACAGGACGCGUAAAAAUGCAGCAUUUCCAUAAGGUUGACACUGGUAGUUCAAGCACAAUUUAUCCGGUGAGGACAACAGAAGAUGACAAUCUUGAUUACGACAGCCAAGCUAGCUCAUCCAGUUUUGAGUUCGAUAAAGGAGAGAGACCAGUGAACAACCAUGUAAGUAGAUCUCUGUUGAGACCUAUUCCUUCUAAGUGGAAUGAUGCCGAAAAAUGGAUAAUGAAUAGGCAACAUAUACAACCUAGAAAGAACAGUGUACAUGGCCAAGCAAAUCGGUUGCCAACAAGUAUGGCGAGGGUUGUUCCUGAGUCAGGUAAUUUUGACCAUAAGCUCCUAACGAGCAAGGUUGCAGAAACAAAACGAGUUGAUUACUGUCAACCAACAUCACAUAUGGGAUUUGAGAGAUUCUCUUUUGCUCCGUCCGAUGCUCAUUCGGUUUCAGGUCAAGCUAAUGGAAAAACUCCAGUACUGGAAUCUUUUCCCCAAAGCAAAGAUUUAAAAGAAGUAGAUGAUGUGGAUUUAUCUUGCACAACAAGUAUAGAUGAUCAAACAGCAAUUCCUGGUAUAAGAUCUGUUGCCAUGAGAGAUAUGGGAACUGAGAUGACUCCGGUACCAAGUCAAGAACCUUCGCAGACGGCUACUCCAGUUGGGUCGGCAACUCCAAUACGCAGCCCGAUUUCAUCAAUGCCGUCAACUCCUAGGAGAGGUGGACCAGCUCCAACACCUUUGGGCUACACAACUGACGAGGAUCGACAGUUUCGAAAUGAGAACAGCAAAAAGCAAUUGUCUGAAGAAGAAAUGAAGAUAAAGACAAGGAGAGAGAUUGCAGCCCUUGGUAUGCAGCUUGGGAAGACGAGUAUUGCAGCAUGGGCAAGUAAAGAUGACCAGGGAAAUACAAAAUCUUCUGUCCGCGACAAGGAUACUCAAGAACAGGAGAGAAUUGAAUUUGAAAAACGCGCUGCUUUGUGGGAGGAAGCUGAAAAAUCUAAGCAUACUGCAAGAUUUAAGCGCGAGGAAAUCAAAAUUCAAGCAUGGGAAAGUCAACAAAAGGCCAAAUUAGAAGCAGAAAUGAGAAGAACCGAGGCUAAAGUUGAGCAAAUGAGAGCACAAACACAUGCAAAAAUGGUGAAAAAGAUUGCUAUGGCGAGGCAAAGAUCCGAAGAAAAACGCGCAGAAGCUGAAGCUAGAAAAAAUAGAGAAGCAGAAAAAACUGCAGCGCAAGCAGAAUACAUACGCCAAACAGGGAAAUUGCCCUAUUCCAAUUACAUUAUAUGUUGUGGUUGGCUGUAAUAUAUAACAUUGCAAUUAGAUGAAAAUUCAUCUCAUUCCAAAAUUGCUUUUCUUUUGAUACCAAAGCUUGUAAUUUUCAAACACCUUAUUGCAAGUUUGCUGAGUGACAAUGUUAAGAAAUCUGUUUUUUCA